AUGCUGCAUCGACCUGUAUACACAUCUUGUGGAAUAACAAAGGAAGGCCUCAGCCCGGAUUUUUGUGGGGCACACGAGGAGAAUCAGGAUAUUGCGGCUUUGGCGAGAGAGUACGAGAAAGCCCUACGCACAAACCCCGCAUACUGGGCAUUUAAAAAGCUUGUUAGGAAUGAGACUCUGAAAUCACCCAACGCGACCGACGUGGUCACUCUUGCCAGGCAAAUCUUUAAUCAAACAGGCGGUGCCAGGCAGUUGAUUGAAAAUCAUGUGGCCCUAGUGUCUGCAAGAAAGAAAAGAAGGGGGCAAGCAGCAAGAGAAAUACAACAAUGUAAAGCCUCUGACCCUAAUGCGCUUAACUGUGCCGAGCGAAGGUAUCCAAGGUAUCGGUCGGUGGGGCCAAAGGAGCAAUUGGCUGUAGAAAGUGCGCGUAAGACAUUGGAAAGUUUGAUCACCAAACGACUGAAUCGUAUUUCGGCGGAUAUGGCGGUUCCUCUGAGUCGAAGGCGAACUCCACAUGAAGAAACCAUAUUCCUUGACCGAUCCUUCUCAUCAAACCAGGAGGAUUCGUCCAACAACCCCCCGCUAGUCUUACAGGGAAUUGGUCUCCCAUCAAAGGGUGUCCGCGAUCCCGAGCGACUGUAUCUUUACGAUGAUCAAGAUGUGCUGGAAGCCAUGAUGAAUGUGCAGAUGAAUAUAAGCCAUGAACAAUCGUCAGAGCUUGGAACCUUUUGGAGCAGCAUCCCUGCCCUUUUCACACGCGGCCCGUCAACGAUACAAGAAAUGGCAAGAAAGUUUUCGCUUCUUAGCCCUCGGUACCAACAUGUGGGUGUGGAUGAUUGGGUAGACGAUAACCCAGAGACGUUCCUGGCUGCCCGGAUUGAGACUGGUGAAAAGGUCCUGGCAUCCAAAUCGCUCCAGCAGGCUCGGGACUAUGCCAAGAAUGGAAUGCCACCUUGCCUGCGUGCACAACUGUGGGACCUAAUGUUACAAUCCGAGCUGACCGAUGAUCUAGCUGCAUAUACACGUCGUCACUGCCAAUCUCUCAAGGUUGAUAUUGCACGAUACGACCUGCUAAUUGACCGUUUGAUAAGGAUUGACGCACGACAGUGUCGGAAUGAUGACUGCUACUUUGUCUUUGAGGAUAUCAUCGCGGAGGUGAUGUCGUACUGGGUCAGGGAUGAAUGGGUUGCGCAACACGUCGCUGCAGAACAGAAGCAAUCGCAUGUCAUGACAUGUACUGGCAAAAUCUACCCGCCCAACGGCGUAAUGCCCUUCUGGGGAAUAUCUUGCUAUGCUUUACCCCUAUGCUUUUUGCAUGGAGAAGCGGAAAAUGCUUAUAUGAUCUUUCGCGAGCUGUAUACUCGCUUCUUCUUUAACUUACACACAGUUCGCUUGUCGUCUACACCGACACUUCCUACUCUUUGCAAAACAUUCGAAUAUCUUCUGAAAGAGCAUGAUCCCUACAUAUUUUUCCACCUUACUCAUCAUCUUGGCAUUCUUCCAAUCACAUAUGCGUGCCGCUGGAUCAUGUUUGCCUUUGUCGGCAUUCUCGACAUUGAGCAAGUUUUGCAGUUGUGGGAUCGAAUGUUGGGCUAUGAGGAAGAAGGUAUGGAAUUGUUGAGUGUCGCGGCAGCAGCAAUAUUUGGCUUUAGAAGUGAUAUGCUAUGCCGAGCACGGAAUUUGCGAGAUGUAGAGCAUGCUUUCUCUGAUCUCGGGGCAGUUAAAAUAAUUCCCCUUCUGCAAAGCUACCUGUUCAGUCGAUAA